AAAAUGAAAAGAAAGUCCGGAGCCAAACGUUAUGCGAAAAUCAGAAGAUGGGCCACAUCUAAACCCCUUCUUCUUCAAUGACUACCUAAAACCCUAGCUCACAGCUCUGAGUUCUGAUGCCAUGGCCAACAGACGGUGCCUCCACACUUUGGCCCGCCACUCCACAGUUCUCUUCUCCAAAAUCCAUUCUUCCCUUCAUUCCCUCACACCCCCAAUCCCCCUCCCCACCCAGCAAUCGCUCCAAACCAUCGCCACCAAAUUCGCAUUGCUUUCCACCAAUCAAGGUUCCGCUCGGCGCGAUCAAUGGUCUCAGUCUUGCCAUUUCUCGUCGAAAACCGGCGACGGUGGCGAUGAAGAUACUGAAGACGAAGAGGAUGAUGAUGAUGAAGAAGAUUACGAGAGUACCGAUGACGAGGGAGUCUCAGGGCCGAGCACUGGUGUAAAAAGAGAGUAUACGCCGGAAGAGAAGGAAGCGGAGGCUGCCGCUAUUGGGUACAAGGUGGUUGGACCGCUUGAGAGGUCCGAUCGCGUUUUCAAGCUUUACGAACCUGUGUUCGCCGUUGUUCAGAUUGGUUCGCACCAGUUCAAGGUCAGCAAUGGAGACUGCAUUUUCACCGAAAGAUUGAAAUUUUGUGACAUUAACGAGAAGAUCAUUUUGAACAAGGUUCUAAUGUUGGGAUCUAGUAGCCAGACAGUAAUUGGUAGGCCAAUAGUGCCAGAUGCAAAUGUUCAUGCUAUUGUUGAAGAGCAUGCACUAGAUGCAAAAGUACUUAUUUUUAAGAAAAAGAGGAGAAAGAACUAUCGUCGAACCAAAGGACAUCGCCAGGAACUGACCAAGUUGAGGAUAGUCAAUAUUCAAGGAAUCGAGAAACCGGAAAUCAUAGAGGAGCCAAAGACGCCUGGUAAGAAGCAGGAAAAGGUCACAGUUGCUGCUUAGACAAACUUUUCUCAUGGCUAUUUUGGCAUUAGUGGCAUUCUUAAGACUACUUUUCAUGAACCCGCAUGAUCAUACAUCUUGGAUGACAUGUUAUAGCAGAAGAUCUUUCCAGGGAAUAUUGAGGUGGAUGUCAUAGGAGAUUGUUUUGCUUCUGUAAUUCUUUUUUGCCUUUUGCCUUUUGUAAUUUAGCAGUAAAAAAAUAAUUGAAAGCAUUCUGCUGAAUGAAUAAGUUUUGUUCCCAAUUACAUAUCAUCUUUUGUAAUUGGGGUGAGUUCUCUAAGGGGGUGUUCCCUCACAACUCUGCUUGGUUUGGUAGGGUCUUGAAGAAACUUAAACAAUCACCGUCCUUUUUUCUUAUAUGAUUAGAAAUAGCCUUAACACUAGGAUCAUUUUUUUCA